CGAUCCAAAUAGUUCCGAGUGCUUCUGUAAAACUAAAGCAUAUUCUCAUUUACUUCUUUUAAUUAGGAAACAUGAAUUAAUUAAAACAUCAAUUAACACACAUUGCUUCAUGACCCAAUACCAGACACGACAUUUAACACAUCGUGGCAAAAAAUCAUGGCCAUAUUAGGCGCUCAAUUGGUUAUUACGCUGGUUAUGGUCAGUGUUAUCCAAAAGCUGAGUCCCCACUACUCAUUUGCCAAGUGGAUACUCUGCCGGACUGGGCUGUUCCGUUAUCUGCAUCCAACGGACGAUGAACUACGCACGAAGGGAGGCGUGCCAAAAGAUCGUGGGGGCAAGGGCAAGCAUAAACAGCAGAAUGGGUUGAGCAACGGCGCCUCCUCGCAACAGUUUCACAUACCACGCAGCAUCGAGAUUGAGCUGGAGACAUUGCCAGUGGUGGAGCGGGAUGUUAUCCAUUUACGUUACUUUACCGAAUACCAAUGGCUCUUGGAUUUCAGCAUAUAUGCUGGAAUUGUGUAUGUCAUCUCUGAGCUAUUUCACUACUUCUAUCCUCUCAAGCAGGAGAUCAAUCUGAGCAUGGUUUGGUGUCUUUUGGUCAUAUUCUUUGCCAUCAAGCUGCUGUCUUCCCUAACUGUGAUGUACUUCCAAAGCGAGGAAUCAAUGGGAGAGCGCUCCAUGGUGAUUGUCGCCUGUCUGGUCUAUUUACUAAUUGCCAUGAUUGUGCUUAUCAUUGAUGAGCGCAUUCUGGAAACGGGUCUAGAGGAUGCAUAUACAAGUUUCAAUGCCAGCGCAUCAAAGUUUCUUACCGAACAGGGUCUGCCUUCUUCUGGACCAGCCUCUAAGAUUGUUGUCAAAUUCUUUGUUGCCUUGAGCUGCGGUCUUCUGGGCUCCCUGUUCACAUUUCCGGGCUUGCGUAUGGCCAAAAUGCAUUGGGAUUCUUUAAAAUAUUGUCGAGGCAAUCGCCUUCUGCAGAUUACGCUCAACGUGAGCUUCGUAAUGCCCUUUAUACUAGUCAUAUUGUGGAUACGACCCAUUAGUCGAGACUACUUGACAGUGCGAGUUUUCGAGGGCAUGCAACAUCCACUUCUAAAGCCUCAUGUUUUUGAAACACUGCGCCUUCUACUUGUUGUCUUUGUGGUCGUAAUGCGCUUUGCACUGAUGCCCAUCUAUUUGCAAUCGUAUCUCAACUUGGCCUAUGACAAAAUUGUUGAUCUUCGUAAGGAGGCUGGACGCAUCACCAACGUCGAAUUUCAAAAGAAGAUCUCGUCAAUAUUCUACUAUCUGUGUGUUGUGACCCUGCAGUUUGCUGCGCCGUUAAUUCUGUGUCUCUAUCUGACGCUAAUGUACAAAAGUCUUGGUGGUUUUAGCUGGACGGGCAUAUUUAAGGAAACGGUUGUCCUGCAACACGAAUGUGCCGCUGAUGCAGAAUUGGCAACAAUUCCAAUUGAGAACAAUGUUGAAACCGAAUUUAAUAUUUUGGAAUCUGCGCAGUCAUUACAGGCCUCGUUCGCUAGUUUGAAAAAUGUGUUCUCUACAGAAGUGUACAAAGGCUUUCUAGGAUUUGCCACUUGGUGGAGCUACUUUACGCUGUUUGCAACUUCAUCAUUGGGCAUUGUCUAUCAGUCCUAUUUUAACAAGACCUAACGGAAGAACUUACCAAAGUUUUUGUACCACCAAACAAACUAUAUGCUAAUCUAGAAAUGAUAAUUUUUCUAAACUCGUUGAUAUUGUUUUAUAGUCAUGCCAUAGAUCGAAAUUGAAUUAAAUUAAA